AGCUUGUCGCAAGCUGUCUAUGCCAGGCGCGCAGAGUAUGUCAGAGUCAAGCAAGUGCGUAUCAAGAUAGGCUCGUGGAAUGUGGCUGCUUGUAAAGGCACAGAGAAGGAUGUUUCAGGGUGGUUCGUUGAUGGGAAGGGAAUUGCAGACCAGCUCACGGGUGCGCCUCUGGAGGACAGAAGGCCGAGCUUGGAUGCGGUCGAGGAACAGGAGGCUAAGUACGAAAGAGAGCAGGAGACUUUGCCGAGCGGAGAUACGAGUGUGCUGCCUGGCGGCCGUGAUGUUGCAUUGUACGUCUUGGCUCUACAGGAGAUUAUCGAUAUCACCGCUGUAACGCCUGCCAUCAUGCCUCACGAUCCCUCGGCGGCGAACAAAUGGAAGGACGCAAUGGAGACGGCACUGCCCAAGGGAUACACGUUGGUAGCAGAACAGCAAUUGAUCGGGCUGUUGCUCUUGAUCUAUGCUUCGCCUGCUGUCGCGCCCGAGAUCAAAUCUGUCAGCACUACAAGUGUAGGCACUGGACUUCUUGGAUACAUGGGAAACAAAGGCGCUGUAACCGCCAGAUUUGUCCUGGGAGAAACGACGCGACUGGUGUUCGUCAAUAGCCAUCUUGCCGCGGGUGCCGAUAAGUCCGCUCUGGAGCGACGUAACUGGGACGCACAGCAAAUCAUCAGUCGUACACGCUUUGAGCCAAUCCAGGAUGCGAUGGACUUACAGCAGACAACCGGAGAGACCAUUGGGGAUGAGGACUUCUGCUUCUGGUGCGGCGACCUGAACUACAGGCUGGAGGGCGUACCAGGCGACGACAUCCGCCGCUUGCUGAUGCUUCACACACGAAAAGAGUACGACGUGAGCCAUCCUGCCGCCAGAACAGUAGAAAACGAGAUACACGAAGCUACGGAGUCUGUCAAGCAACGCCUGUCUUUGCAUGAUAGCACUUCUUCUUACAGCCGUGCCGAUACUUUGGUGCAUGACCUGGCUGCUGCUGAUGAUCCGAGCUCUUUGCAAGCAACAAUCAACUCGCUCCUUCCUCACGAUGAGCUACACCAGCAAAUGAAAGCACGGAAGGCAUUUCACGAUGGCUGGCGGGAGGGUCCCAUAACUUUUCUGCCGACCUACAAGUAUGAUGUGGGAAGUGUUGGCGUUUUCGAUAGCUCGGAGAAGAAACGGGCACCAAGCUGGUGUGACCGUAUUUUGUUCCGCACAAGAAAGGACAAACUCGCCUUCGAUGCCAAGAUCCGGCGAGAGGAAGAUGCCAAAAAGAAAGACGCUGAGAUGGAGGCUCACGGCAUUGAUCAAGGCGCGAAUGAAGAACAAAUCUUGUAUGACUAUGAUCCUGAGACUGACGCUGCUGAUGUCGGUGGCUAUGAUGAAUAUGACGACUUCGCCGAGCAGGGUGAGCUCGCAGCUGUUACCACUCGCGAAGGAUUUGAAGACGAGAUCACACUGGAAUACUACACUGGUCAUCAGCGGGUUCUAUCUUCUGAUCACAAGCCCCUCGAUGCAGGCUUUAUCCUAAAGUAUGACGCAGUCGUGCCUGACUUGAAGGCAAAGGUGCAUGCCGAAGUUGCGAAGGAGCUCGAUAAAGCAGAAAAUGAAGGUCGGCCGAACGUCACCGUGGUCGUCGACAAGGUUGAGAGCGUAACACCUAUGGCCUCAGAUACAAGCCUUCCAGGCGGCAAGUCGGACGAAGGGGUAUCAUUUGGGGACGUCAGGUGGGCUCAGUCCAAGCACCGAUCACUGACGGUUGCCAACACUAGUCGUGUGGCAUCAACAUUCAGUCUUAUCGAAAGACCGGUCGACUCUACUCAAAUCGCUGGCAUUGCGCCGAGAUGGCUUGAGAUUAGCAUAAACGACGUUCCGGUCUCAAGCAAGCAAAGUUCAUCGGAAGCUGUCACACUCGAGCCAGGAGAAACGGCACACGUCGAAUUGGAGUUGAAAAUCAAAGACAUGGACGAUGUCUCCAAUCUAAACUACAAGAGGGAGAUUGAGGAUAUCCUUGUACUGCGCGUCGAGAACGGGAGAGACCAUUUCAUACCCAUUCGUGCUCGCUGGCUGGAAAGUAGCUUGACACGGACUAUUGACACGCUCUGCCGCAUUCCGGAAGGCGGUAUUCGCAAACUGCAAGGACAGAUACCGAAGCAUCCGAAAGAUAAGAGCAAGCCACCAGUACGUUUCUCUGCUCCUCGUGAGCUGUUCCGACUGACGGAAGCGAUAGAAGAGCUGAGCACUCGAAUUAUCGCUGAAUCUUCGAUAGAGUCCGGGGUAAGAUCUAGUGCAGACGUGCCCAAAGCGCCAUGGGAAGAACACGCCGCAUGGCCGUUUGAGGAACAGGCUUGGGGCGAGAGAAAGGCCAGUCAUUGGGAUGACGCAUUGAGCGUAGCCUGUAAUGCCCUUGACGAAGACGCACCGAUCGAGAACGCGCUUCCUGACGAUCUACCGCGAAUACAGCGCUUGUACGUCCUCUGCGACCUGCUGCUCAUUUUUUUAAGGUGCGUGCCAGAUGGAGUCAUCACUGGUGAGCUGUGGGCCACGGUCGAGACGUACCUCGGUGAUGCAGAGAAAUCGAAGCGCAAGGCGACAAAUGACGAGCAGAGAACUGCCAUACAGGAAGCUCUUUCCAAAUCUGCCAGCCACAACAUCAGCUUCACUCUCAUCACGGCUAUGCUUGAACGAAUGAUUCAAGAGGUCUCCGGCAUUGGCAAGUCGGAAAACCAGCCGCCUGCUUUGCCAAUGAGUCCAGGCAAACGCGCCUUCGGAAGCUUAAGGAGAAUUGCUGCCUCCAAGGGCAAGGGCGCGCAGAAUGGUCAGAAAGAACUGGCGAGUAAAGCUCUUGCCAGGAUAUUCGCUGCACCAUUAAUACGUACACCGCCAGUAAGUAGCGAGAAGACGAGAAGUGCACAAGAAAGAAGAAAGAUUGAUGUGGUUGAGAUCUUUCUGAAA